GGAGGGACGAAGCUUGUGGUUCAUAAAAGCUUGAGCUCGUAGCGCAAUUGUAGCAACGGCUGUAUAUUCUUGGUCCAAGCUGUUGUAAGCGUUUCACUUGUGGGCGUCUCUAAGGGGCGAUUCGGUCUCUACAAUGGCUCAGCAGUUUGUAAACAGCAAACUUGCACCAAAUAAAGUGGUUGUCUUCGCGAAGAAAACCUGUCCUUACUGUCGCAAGGCAAUUGAGCUUCUGGAAGAAUUGAACCUCAAGCCCGGGCAUCUCGAAAUCGUUGACCUCGCAACCCAACGCGACAUGGCUGCUAUUCAGGACUAUCUUCUGGAGAUAACGGGUGCUAGAACAGUCCCUCGUGUCUUCAUUGGAGAAAAAUGUAUAGGUGGCUUUUCAGAGCUGGACGCCCUACACAGGAGUGGAAAACUCAAACCCACUUUAGAAAAAAUUGGGGCCUUGUGAAGAGCUGAGAUGGACUGGAGCUGGGACUACCUCUUGCUACAACACAACCAUGUGGAAAUGAAAUUGCAGUCGCCUACCUCUUGCUUCCUGCUACAUCUAUUAUGUUGCUUUGUUGAGUGUGCAUUUCAUUGUAGAGCUGUAACGGGGGGGAGGGUCUGUUUACUCUUUAAGCGUGUGGCUGUAAACUUUGGCACUUUUUAGUAUGUCUGCAUCCCUGCUAGUAAAUGUGGGAAUGAUAAGACUCAAUCCAGUAGAAUAAAUUCAGUUGUAUUGAGAAUUUUUAUUAUAUCAUAUAUGUACUGAUAGCAAUCUCAGUCCGCCGAGUGUUGCACAUGAAGGAGACAUUAGCGGUUUUGGGAGAAUCUGAGUUUGCAGGGAAACAAAUUUUUAGUAAAAAAAAAACCUAAAUGAGAGGGGCACAAAAUAUCCAGGAGGACUGAGUGUGCUCAGUGGAGCAGAGAAUCCCAAUUGACUAGUGGAAAGCAGGAAUAAAAAAACCCUGUAGGGAAUGGAAUGGAAUGGAAUGUCUGGAAAUCUGAAUAGAAGAAUAUGCUUCAGCAUUUUCUUGCAGGCCCCACUUGUCUUUCUUAUAAUACCAAGGUCUUCAGCUUCAUUCAGUCCCUCCUCUCAUGGGUAUAUCCAUAUUUCAUCAUUUUUCUGUCUUCACUUUUUACAAAUUCAUUUCCUUUUAUCUGCUCACACCCAGCCUCUCUAAAGCAGCUUCCUGCACUCCUUUAAUUUUUUUUGAAGGUUAUCUUCAGGUAAUCCUUCUUCAGGUAUAUCCCUUUUGGGUGAUCUGGUAUAGAAAAGGGGUUUCAGUGGUACAGGCCAAGGCAUUUCCUUCUGAAUCUUCAAUCCCUACCUCAGAAUUAGGGCCACUCUUACAUGUUAUAGAUCCACCUUAAACCAUGCCUUUGUGACUCUUUUCUCCUGUCCCUUGGGGCCAUAUGGGGGGGCUGCUUGUGUGACAUCACUCAGCAUGCUUCUUUGCUGCCCCUCACCAUUCUUGCUUCUAGUGAGUCCUAGAUUGUUAUGUAUCUAGCAGGGCAUCUGUACAAUGCCUGAGCAGUAACAGUUAAUAAUGUUUCAAUUUGAGAACUGUUCUCUUGAUAGUCACAAUUACUUUCUGAAAUAAUUUGUUGCCUUUUUGUAAUAGAGAUGGAAUUGAGAAAAUUCAGUUAACUAACUGACUACUCAGAAUGCAACAGCUGAGACAGAACUUAAAGCUUUUAAAGGGCUGCAGUAGGUCAACCUGCAUGCUACAUACUGUGGUGGUCUGUAGCAGCACUGUCCAGCAAGGUGAUGAGUCCUAUGUUCCAAUAUUUCCCUGCAUUAAAAAAAACCACACCACUCUAUAUGGCAAUGAUCUCCCAAACCUCUUGGCAUUGGAGAUGCAUUUGGAAAUGUAAGAAACUGUUGUGGGUGUCACCAAAUAUCCAUGUCACAGAAGAAGAACUGACAGUGCUCAGAACCCCCCAAAAGAGACAAAACACAUACAUCCCAAAACAAAAUGCAGACAAAAAGUAGGCAACACCUCCAACAAAAACAAGAGUAAAAAACCCUCUAUUAUUACUAUUUUAAUUAACCGUUGGGAGGAAUGGGCAUGUCUAAGAGUGCCACAGUGGCUCUAGGCAUUGGGGGUUCUAGCACUGUGUACAUACAAAAUUAGUAUGUAAAGGAGGAAAUAUUAGUCAACAGCAGUUUACCAAAUAAGAGCACACACUAUUUAUUUCCCCAGUUACAGUUUGAAGUGGUAUAGUCCAGCCCAGAUUCAUCAUGUGGGCCUCUAACUUUUAUGUUUUGGGCUUUAAUUAUUGGGCCUCACCUUGAAAAACAAGAAACAAACAGUAGAAGUAGUACCUUACAUGCCUUGAUCUACAUGUAUUAAUAAAAGGUUAAGUGCUGCUACCUCCCAGCUUGGAAAGUAUAUUGGGGGGGGGGGCUGGAUGAGAGGCAUCUAUCUAUCUGACUUUCUUUUCUCCAUGAGUAUGAAAAUUUGUGUAAAGAUAUUGGGUGUUUGGGGUGGAAGAAGGUUGCACUUCCAUUAACCAUAUAGAUGUAUGGAUGUGGCAUUAGGAAGGCAGCCAUCCAGAAUUGUAAAAGGAUGUAAAGCCAAUGCUGAUUUUUGCUUGAAACAAUUGAACACUUUAAUAAAACAAUUAUGUCAGUAUCAUAA